ACGAGCUCUGAUGAGAGCGCAUGGAGGUGUCUGCCGGAGUCUCGAGGAGAAAAAUGCUGUUCUGCGCACGAAAUAGGUUUUAUCGUCUUUCUUUGGGAAAUAAAUGAAUACAAUUAGGAGACUCUUCUUCCCGCGUGUUUUCGCGAAACAGCUCAUAUGUCUUUGAAUUAUGAAUACAGCGUUUACUCCAUAUCCAAGUUUAUAGUGUAACUAUCAUGGUUACGUUGAUACGUUCUAUAAAACGUGACUGAUACACAUUUUCGUCGAGUCCACAUACACAUCGACAUUUAAGUAAUGGGUUCCAAGUUCACUAGGCAGAGUAGUGACAUAGAAACAAAAAUGUCUAAAAGGAGACGCCAGCGACAUGACAGCUCCGGAGAAGCAGAGAGGAGUUCAGUCAGAGGCGGCAGAGACUUCUUGUUUACGUCGCUUAUGCUGAAAUCAGACAAGCUCCCGGGGAUGCUGCGGAAAACGAACCACAGCCCUUAUGUGAGACGAGUGGCGUGGAUCAGGGAAAUACAGAGGCUUUUCCGUGAACAGAAAGUAGAAGAAGCAAUGGAAGUGCUCCAAUUAUUGAAAAAGGACUUGGGUCUUCAAGGAACGUCCCUGAACGACAUCCUGUACAAGAACGCAGCCUUUCUCAACCUGGUGGACCCCAUAUCCCAUGAGCUGCUGCUCAACCUAGCCAAGGACAUGCAGUGUCCCAAGAGGGAAACUGACGCCCUGAAGUCGUCAGAGAAGAUCUGCAGACAGCUCACCUAUCACCUGACCCCUCACUCCAAGUGGACGAGACAGAGCGUGCCCAGAAGGAAGACUCAGGCCUGUCUCAAGACCACCCUGAAGAAGAGGCUGUCCAGCGACGUGGUCAACCUCUCCGGGAUCCCGCUCUCCUCGGGGGACGUCCACCGCGUGGCCGUCUACCUGCAGAGCAACGGCGACUCGGUGUCGGCCGUGGACCUGAGCUUCACCCAGCUGCAGGACGACAGCCUGCGCCAGCUGCUGCCCUGCCUGGGCGCCCUGCCCAAGCUCACCACGCUGGCCGUCAACGGCAACCGGCUGACGGUGUCCGUCCUGAAGGACCUGACGGAGGUGGUGAAGGACCCGCGCCACUUCCCCAGCCUGGCCUGGGUGGACCUGGGCAACAACGUGGACAUCUACACCGUGCCCCAGCCCCUCCUGGUGGCGCUGAGGCGCCGGUUCGGUCUGAGGAGCAGCCUGCCCACCAUCUACGAGUACAGCGAGGCGCAGGCCUACGGGCGCUACGCUCUGGAGAGCUCCCUGGAGGAGCCCAGCCUGUACGGGGAUGGGGAGGGGGCCGCAGGGGAGGAGGAAGAGGAGGAGGAGGAUAAGCUGGAGCUGGCGUCGUGGGCCGCGGGCCAGCCGAGGUUCACCAAGAACGUGGCCGUGCACUACUGUGAGAGGUGACGGCACAGAGGCCACGCCUCCAGAGUCGCCUGGACGCUCCCGAGGGCCGAGACGUGACAGCCCCGCCCCCUCCUCCAGUUCGCCUCCGUAGCCACGUCCCCAGUCAGCAUGCGUCAUCAUGGUAUUAACGCCGGACACAUCACCCUCCGAAACUCAUCCCAUCCAGCAGGAUGAAGAACCGGGCGUUCAGAGAGAGAGAGAGAGAGAGAGAGAGAGAGAGAGAGAGAGAGAGA